AUGGCCUUCCCGACCCAAGCUUUUACAUUACAUAUUCGCGACAGAACCACAUGGCACCACGUUAUCGUCCUUCAUCAUUCCCAGACUUCAUUCUUCCCUUCCUUCGGGUUCGAGCACGGUCUCCAGUCUUCCGCGGCCAUGAUGCUCUCAGUCCCUUCCGCCCGUCGAUAUCUCGCCCCGGCACUCACCAUCCUCGCCCUGCUGAUCCUUAUCCGCCUCCUCUCACAACGUGCACUCAUACGCUCGUCACAAACUGCGCUCCAAGGCGUUCUGCAGAGCUACGUGGCCCGAAACGCUCAAGUCGUCGUCGUCGUCAAUGCCAGCACUCAUCCGCGCCUAAUUGUCGCGGACUCGAGCGCACCGAGCCUCCACAGGCAGGCCGCCACCAUCCCACGGCAGCAGGACAUUCCGCUGGCGAACCCUCUGAUGGCGCAGUUCACACAAUGCCCGAUUCAGCCGAAUCCACAUACCUCACAUAUCCGUUUGCCGAAUGUGCUGUACAAUGUUAGUCUCGUGGCUCCAGCCCUGUCGUCACCAGAACAUCAAAAGCGGGAGAAGAACUCCGGCGACGAUGCUGAAGGAAAGGAAACCAUAAGCUUCUUCAACCCGGCCGUCAUCGCCCUCCCACAUUGGUCCGGGCGUGCGAAAUACGUGCUCGUCGCCCGCCUCGUGACGAGCGGCUUCCAUCAGGAAUCUCACAUCUGCUUGGCGGACAUCUGCCAUCCUCCUCAGUCUUCACCAGUCUCCUUUCCGCUGCAACGCAGCAAAAAUGCGACUUUCCCUCCAUUUGGUCCGGACGCCGAUCCUGCCACACACCUUGAAGGGCGACAGCCUCGAUCUCGGCAAGCCCUACCACCAGCCGCCAGCCCCUGCUCCCCUUCGGACCUCUCUGACACCCGGCUGGGCGGCAGCGGUGGACUACGCUGCCUGAACGAACCGGUGAAGAUCAACAUCCCGUCGACCCCGGCGGAGAACUGUACGGACUCGUGGCUCGCGUUCCCGGACAUCCCUGGCUUCCACGACCCCCGGGUCUUUUGGAGUGGGAAGGGAGAACCUCUGAUCCUGGUGAAUAGCGCCAGCCGCUACGGGUGCGUCGGGCUCUGGGUCGUGGAUCUGAGGAAGGUCUACCCACAACUUGAGAGGGUAUUGAGUCGUGAUCACCAUCACAAGGCGAUCGGCGUCGGGGUUGACGGGCAUGGAGCAAAAGGGGUGAAAGCAAGAGACAUGAAACCCGGGUCGCAGGUAGGGGAAGACCAACGGCGCACGGGCAUCCACAGGGGACUCGGCGUGAAGCCCGUGAUGAGUUACCCGCACCUCACCGAGAUCACCAGGAAUCCGAGGGAGAGUCGCGCGCGCGUGGAAAAGAAUUGGAUGCUCUGGUUUCCCAGCGCCGACGACGCCUAUGUUCAGUACGACCUGAUCGGUCAGGGGCCCGGAGAGGCAGACGGGGAAACAGCACUUGAAAACGAGAUCGAGACACUUGCCAGACUGGGAUUGAAUGCCACCAACUCUCUCAUUUCUGCCAUUGCCACAAAUCACACAGCUGCCGCAACACAACAACACCACGUAAAACGCGACAGGUGGACCGAAGGGAGGCAGAUUAAACGAGGACGCACCUUCGCCAAACUCACGGGCAACGGCUUCACCACACCCAACCUCACCUCAACCUUCGAAAGGUCCUGCUUCUCCCAGAGCGAAGGUCACUUCAGAGACUCCCUGGGCAACAGGGGCCACUGGCACCAAGGCUCCAACUCGCUACGAUUGAUCCUGUGCACAAGAGCGCAAGCACGGAGUGAUUCUGCGUGCACAGAUGACGACAACGCCAACGGCACGGCCGUGACGACCGGUCGCUCCGUCCACUUUGCCAUCAUGCAUCGGAAGUUCAGCAACGAGUUGGAGUUGCCGUUGCGAUAUGAGCGAUAUGUGGUCGUGUGGGAGGGCCGGGAGCCGUUCCAGUUGUUGGGGGUAAGUCGGUUCCCCUUGUUAAUGAAGAACGAGAAGGCAGGACCCUGGACGGAGGAGGAAAACUGGCCUCAUCCCCGGGACAGGGGGUGGAAUGCCACCCAGGAGCAUUUACAUGAAAAGGAGGAAAGCGUGGUGAGGAGAGGCGACGAAGAGCCGUAUGCGAACGAGGCGGAACAAGAGGACGACUUCUUCAAAAGCCAAGCUUACUUCACCUACACACCCAGUCUGGCAUGGGCAUGGCGGCCCCAUUCUGCAGCGGCAAACCAGGAACAGGAGGAUGACGAUGUCGAGUACCUGUCGCAGUUGGGGACAGGAUACUUGGGCGACGAUGUACUAGUCGGCAUCGGACUGGAGGACUUGAACCAGGCCUUCGCCCGGGUCAAGGUCGAGGAUUUGUUGCAAUGCCUGAGGUUGUGUCCUGGUGUCAAAUUUGCCGACAAGGCAAGCUAG